CCCUCAGCAGCCGCUGUGAGAACUGGAAGGGAAGGGCACCGAGAACACAUGAAUCUCAAUCCAGACUCCAGUCUACCUGCUUUUGGACUUCUUCGUUUCGUUUUGGUUUCCCCCUUGCGCAGAAUCCGUUUGUGGAGGAGAGGCUCGAACUGAUUUCUGACCAGCUGCGUAAGAAGAAGAAGAAGAAGAAGAAGAAGAAGAAGACCACACAUUGUUGACGGGCUUUAUGUCGCGCGCUGGGGUUUUCUCAUCACUGGAGCGGCGCACUUGAUGGAAAUAUAGAAAACACAUUCUUCUUCAAGGGCUAUGACGGUUAAAUCGGGUAGGAAUGGAGUGGGCUGUGGACUGCGGAAGAUAGUCACGACAAUCAGCGAGGACAUCUAUCUAUAAAGAAAGAGCUUUUAUUGAAUGGAUACUUUUUUAUGUUCUCAACAUUGUCCACUGUAUAAUACAAGUCAAUCAUUUUUUCCUUUCCCCCCUACCAUUCCCUGGGUCUGCCUGACUUCAGCCUCAGCCCCGAACCCUGACACCAGCAGGCAGCAUUGAGUGAUUGCUCAUUACUUCCAAGGGCGUCCACACAGCAAGACAAAAAAAACCCCAGGGAGCCCUGCUGCAGUUGGUGGCGGCAGUGGCAGGGGUGGUGAGUCAAUCGCCUCAGCAGCUGGAGCAAAUGAUUCAUUAUUUGUGAAGUUAACAGCUCAGACAACUUAAUCUACAAGGACCAAUUUCUUACUGGAGGGAAACGGUCCAAUAUGAAGGACGUGUCAUUUGUGGAUUGUCUCUUUGUUGGCUUGGCCAUGGCCUCUUUUGUUUUGGCCACAGAGGAGAGGCUUGAUUGCCCAAAGCUCUGUGUAUGUGAGAUAAGACCCUGGUUUUCUCCAAGUUCAGUGUACAUGGAGGCACAGACAGUGGACUGUAAUGACUUGGGACUCUUUAGCCUGCCGGAAAAAUUACCUGUGGGCACACAAGUGCUAUUACUGCAAACAAACAAUGUUGCUAAAAUUAACCAACCCUUGGAUUAUCUGGCCAACAUCACAGAGAUUGAUCUGUCACAAAACAACUUAUCCUCCAUCAGCGACAUGCAUCUGGGGAAUCUUCCCCAGCUGCUUUCCCUUCAUAUGGAGGAAAAUUGGAUACAAGAGUUGCCGGAACAAUGUCUUACCGGGGUUGCUAACCUUCAGGAGCUCUACAUGAACCACAACCUAAUCUCCUUAAUUUCCCCAACUGCAUUCCAGGGUCUCAGCAACCUUGUGCGACUCCACCUCAAUUCCAACAAGCUGAAAGUGAUUAAAAGAGAAUGGUUCGAACCCAUGCCAAAUCUUGAGAUUCUGAUGAUAGGUGAGAAUCCCAUUCUUUCUAUUGAUGAUAUGAACUUUAAACCUCUCAGUAAUCUCCGCAGUCUUGUUCUUACCAGAAUGAACCUGUCCCAGCUUCCCGAUGAUGCACUUACUGGACUUGAUAGCUUAGAGAGCAUCUCUUUCUAUGAUAACACUUUCCCUGAGGUGCCUCAUUCUGCCCUAAGGAAUGCUAAAAACCUCAAGUUCUUGGAUUUAAAUAAAAAUCCAAUUGCUAGGAUACAGAGAGGCGACUUUGUGGAUAUGCUACAUUUGAAAGAACUGGGGAUUAACAGCAUGCCAGAGUUAGUUUCUAUUGACAGCUUUGCCCUAAAUAACCUCCCUGAGCUAACAAAAAUAGAAGCCACCAACAAUCCUAAACUUUCUUACAUCCAUCCUAAUGCUUUCUACAAACUACCCCGGCUGGAAACCCUAAUGCUAAAUGGGAAUGCGCUCAGUGCUCUCCACAGGAUUACUGUUGAGUCCCUCCCAAAUCUCAGAGAAGUUAGCAUGCACAGCAACCCCAUCCGCUGUGACUGUGUAGUCCGCUGGAUGAACAUGAACAAAACCAAUAUUCGCUUCAUGGAGCCGGAUUCACUCUACUGUGUGGAGCCUCCAGAGUACGAGGGCCAACAUGUCAGACAGGUGCACUUCAGGGAGAUGAUGGAGAUUUGUUUGCCACUUAUCUCUCCAGAAAGCAUGCCUGGGCAUAUUAAAGCAAAGAAUGGAAGCUCUGUGUCCCUCCACUGCCGGGCCUUUGCUGAACCAGAACCAGACAUCUACUGGAUCACCCCGUCUGGUACCAGAGUCCUACCUAACACUGUUUCAGACAAGUUCUACAUGCACCCAGAGGGAACUUUUGACAUCUAUGAUAUAACGGAAAAUGAAGCUGGUCUGUACACUUGUGUGGCCCAUAAUCUGGUUGGAGCUGAUCUUAAAUCUGUUUCAGUAGAGGUGAAUGAAUAUUUUCCCCAACCUGCGAAUGGUUCUCUGAAUGUCUUGAUCAAAUCAGUGGAAAUAAACUCCAUCCUGGUUUCUUGGAAGGCAGGUCCUGGCUCUCUGGCUCCCAACAUUAAAUGGAACACAGUGACAGAUGCUAAUCAUCCCACCACAGCCUUUACCACUAGGGUCCCCUCUGAUGUUAAGGUAUACAACCUCACACAUCUCAGUCCAGCCACUCACUACAAAGUAUGUGUCGAUGUCCGCAGCAUUCACAACAACCAUGACACCAAAUGUGUCAAUGUUACCACCAAGGGAUUAGAGCUGGCAGUCAAGGACACAGAAAAAUGGGACGCAGCAGUAAUCACCGUCUUUGGUGUGCUCUUGGCGGUGAUUUCAGUGGCAUGCCUGCUUAUUUAUGUGUCUCUGAGGAACCACCACAUUUAUGGGGAUAUAAGGAAAUGUGAUUCCAAAGCUUCGCUGACACCGGUGCAAGCUACCGGUAUGCACUCUUCUUUCUUUACAAAGCUGUGGGUUUCGGGUAAGGGACUGCCAAGUGGAGUAGAAGUGAAAGCAACAGUGAUAAAUGUAUCUGACAAUGCCUUUUAGAAGCGCAGCUUUGUAGAACACCAAACAACAACAACACUGAAUGGACAAGGCAAUGGGCAGGGGGUUGGACGAUGUGUCGUACUGUUUCAAAGGCAUACCCAUUGCUGGUCCCCCGCUCAGCUACACUGGCAACACUAUUAUUGGACUGGGAUGGAACAGUUUAAAAUAGACUAAAUGCUCUCCCAGUUUCAACCCUAGCUGAUGUGGUGGCUUUGUUACCGCUACAUGAAACCAAGCAAACAUCAAAGGAAGGGGCAUUCACAGCAAAAAGAUAUAUUUCAGUACCUUCAGACAGAUAUAUUUCAGUUCAUACAGAAAUGCAGGCAGAGAAAAGAAAGUAACGAUAAUGACGAUGAUGGUCAACUCUCUUGUAAUUGACUGUUAAAUGUGUUAAGAGUUGUGGAACUGUCCGUGUGGUCCCAAGCAAUACCGUCUGUGCUUUGUAAAACCUCCAUAGACGAGUUAGAACUACAGUAAUAACAACUGUCUAUUACGGGAAGGGAGAUUUAGUAGAGUAGACAAAUAACAGUGACUAUGGUGUAAGCCUUUUGAUGAAAUAUACCCCCCUUUUUCUAUUUAAAAAUGGAUUCUUGUUUUUUCAUGGAAAUAUUGUUAUAUAUUCUAUUAUGUUGAUGUAAUGACAAAUCCUCUGUGUCUGAACAGUUUAAAUGAGUUUUAAAUUGAGGCAAGGAGCAGACUACUUUUGAUUACAACGUCAUAUUAAGCUUAAUUAAAUUCAGCUACAAAAUGAGUAUCUAGAGAGGACAUUUGCAAAAUGGCUGUUUAUGCUGUGUAGUUCUCAUUGCAACAGUUACUUGGAAAAUGAUGCGCUGGACUUACACAAACUUAACAGGUUAAUUAAAGCCGAGUUGAUUGAUGUGUUGUCUCCUCAAGAUGUGGUCUGUUAUGCCCUGGUAAGUGCCUACAACAAGAACUACAUGCGGUAAACAGAGAAGAAACUGAAGAAACACAUCAGCCACAGCAAAACAAGGCCAUUUCAUCAUUGCAGAAUCACAAGCUCUUCUCUUCUCUUCUUCAGUACUUUUAGUGCAAAUACUUUCUUAGUAUUUUUAGCAUACAUAUUUUCAGAAAACAUUUCGUUGUUGCUUUGGAUGUAAAGUUAAAAAGCCAUUUUUAUAUUAACUGUACUAUAUGUGAUCAAUGGGCACAACAGACUAAUUAAGAAAAGUGCUGAGAAAAUAAUAAAUGUCAUUGUUUCUUUUACAAAGAA